AUGAGAGCGGAUGGCCGGGAAGCGGAACCAAAGGAGGAAGACGACCCGCUUUGUCCGCCGAUCCACUUCUCUGCUGUGGAAGAGAGACAAUUCUGUCGCCCGUGGAGAUCAGCUCUUGUUGUUAAAGCACUGGGACGUUCAACUUCAUAUACGGCCAUAUCCAAACGCCUCAACUCGAUCUGGGCUAGGGCUGGUAGCAUUCAGGUGACGUCAGCUAAGAAGGGAUACUACCUGGUGCGUUUUUCCAGCGGCAUCGACUACGAGCGGGCGAUCACAGGGGGCCCCUGGAUGAUGGGCGAGAAUUAUUUGACUGUUCACAUGUGGGAUAGCAACUUUAACCCGUACGAACAUGAAAUCUCGUCGACCCUGGUCUGGGCACGACUACUCGAGAUCCCAAUACAAUAUUUUCAUCCUGAGGCUGUCAUGAAAAUUGGGAAACGAAUGGGGAAACCGAUCAGGGUGGACCAGGCAACCCGGACAGGUGCUCGAAGUGACUAUGCUAGGGUGUGUGUACAGGUGGACCUAACGAAGCCGCUUCUAUCAAAAUUUCGAAUUAACGGGAAAAGGUACUUUAUACAGUACGAAGGCCUCGAGAGAAUCUGCUUACAGUGCGGAAGGUAUACAUCUCAUGGAACCUGUCAAUGCUCGAAACCAGCUGAGCCCAUGGAGGAUGAGACUGAGAGUUCUCCAAAAGAGACUGAGGAACCACAACCAGAGAAGGUCUAUGGGGAAUGGAUGAUCGCGAAGCGUAAACCUCGAAAUGGUAGACCCGAAGCAACCACUACGGGCCGCGGUGCGAUGGCCACAACUGUGAGGCAAGCAACUCAGGGCGUGCAGAAAAGCUCGGGGUCCAGAUUCCAAGCUCUACAAAAUGAGGAGACCGAGGGACCUACGAAGGAGGCUCUCGAGGAGCCAUCAGGUGCUGUGCAAGAAGAAAUUGGGCCCCAGCCGAGAAGCAAGGGUAAGGAGGUACCAGAAAAAGAGCAUGGCGGGAAAGCUCAUCCCAACUCGCCGAAUCCAACAACACCCCAAGCAAGACUCGUGCAGACUGGAGAGGAUAUAUCCAGUGGGGCUCUGGAGCAGAACACUAUGCAAAAGGACAGCUCUGGAACGAGGAAACAUAGAACGAGUACCCAGACUUCUUCUAUAACGGAGCCUAUAGAGAAGCCCACGUUACCACAGGUGCAAGUGACACCCCAAAUCCCCGGCCUGGAUGCGACUCUGCAUGGCAAGCAAAGUAACAUGCAGACAGUACAACAUCUGGGGCGGCCUCCAGACGAUCGAAUCGUACCGCGGCAUAAAAAUGCUUUGGAUGGUGGAGUGGAGCCGAGGGAGAUAUUAAUGUGCGAAGCUGACGGAGCCUCUCCGUCCGGGAACUAA